AGGUCCAGAAACUCUCCAGUUUAGUGCUGCCAAGUGAAGUCAUCAUUGCGCAGAGCUCAAUCCCUGGAGAAGGACUUGGCAUCUUCUCCAAGACCUGGAUAAAAGCUGGCACCGAGAUGGGUCCCUUCACAGGGAGGGUCAUUUCACCCGAGCAUGUAGAUCUCUUCAAGAACAACAAUCUCAUGUGGGAGGUUUUCAACGAAGAUGGCACGGUGCGCUAUUUCAUCGAUGCCAGCCAAGAGGAUCAUCGCAGCUGGAUGACUUACAUCAAAUGCGCGCGCAACGAGCAAGAACAGAACCUGGAGGUCGUGCAGAUCGGAAGCAGUAUAUUUUACACAGCAGUAGAG